AUGUCGCUUGCUCUUGAGCCUCCCGACGACUUCAAUCAUCCCUACAAGCCAUAUGACAUCCAAUCUGAUCUCAUGCGACAUGUCUACAAGGCCAUCGAAUGCAGCCGUCCUGCCAUUGUGGAGUCGCCUACAGGCACUGGCAAAUCUCUUAGCCUGAUCUGCUCAACGCUGUCCUGGCUUCGAGACAAUACAGCAAGGGCGCAGACGGUCGUGAGGGCGGACUUGCAAGCCCAAUUAGCGCAUACCCUGUCAGAUGAGCCGGCGUGGGUCAUUGAGCAAGAAAUUGCACGGCGGCUACGCGAGCUUACACAAGCUGAACAAGACCUGACUGAUCGCUUGACUGCACUGCGCGAGAAGGAAGCCAACAUCAAGAGGGCGAAGGCAAGAGCGAACCACACGAACAAGCGUCAAAAAGUUUCGCAUGAAAGCGAAACGUCCCCUGUUGGCGAUGCAGACGAAGAGAAAUUCGCACCCGAUGAGCAGGACGGAGAAGGCGAAGAUGACGGUCUGACGCCGGAAGUACGGCAGAUGAUGCAUAGCUAUCACAAUCGCGGCAACAGACACUCCUCUGAUGCAGACGAUGAGCCUGAUGUCACAAAGGUGUAUUAUGCGUCUCGCACACAUUCGCAGCUCGCUCAGUUCGUCCAAGAGAUUCGCAAGACUAGCUUCGCAGACACGACGCGUAUUGUGCCGCUUGGGUCGAGAGCCAGUCUCUGCAUCAACGACAAGCUAAAGAAGGCAUGCGGAGGCAAUACGGAGACUCUCAACGAACGGUGUCUCGAGUUACAAAAGGCAGAGAAAGGCAGUCGAUGCGAGUUCUUACCUUCGCAAGAGGAAGAGGACAAGAUGAUCGGUUUCCGAGAUCGUAUCCUGGCUACCACCUUGGAUCUCGAGGACCUUGAGGACUUGGGCAGAGCAACGCACGUAUGCCCCUAUUACGGCUCUCGGCGAGCGAUCAGACAAGCCCACGUCGUGACCUUGCCGUACAACAUGCUCUUACAGCAUGCUGCGCGCGAGUCUCUCGGGAUCUCGCUAAAAGGUCAUAUUGUUAUCAUCGACGAGGCCCACAACCUGAUCGACACUGUGCUCUCGAUCAACACCGUAUCCAUCGCAUCCACAUCUAUCAGUAACGCCUUGUCAGGCGUGCAGCUAUAUCUGCAGCGAUUCAAGACCCGCCUGAAAGGCAGCAACACCGUCUACCUCAAGCAACUGCUUGCCAUCUUUCGCAGACUGGAAGCAUAUUGUAUUACGUGGUCUGAAAGUCGUCAGAACGCAAAGGCAAUCGAAGAACUCAUGCUACCGAAAGCACUUAUGGAGGACUUGCAAGGCUCGAUAGAUCAAGUCGAUUUGCACAAGCUCGCCGCGUAUAUGAAGACGUCGAAGAUUGCCCACAAGAUCAGCGGCUACGCAAACAUGCAGGCCGAAAAGCAAGCACGUGCACAGCAGAAGCCGAACAAGCACAAGGUCCUCCUCGUCAAUGCAGUCUACCAGAUUCAGUCGUUUCUACUUGCGCUCACGAAUCCAUCGCGCGACGGUCGGAUUAUUGUCAGUAGAGCAGCCGACUCAUCGAACGUCUCCCUGCGCUACCUUCUGCUCAACCCGGCAGAUUCCUUCCGCAGCAUCGUCGAUGAUGCCCGGUCUGUCAUACUUGCGGGCGGAACGAUGUCACCACUCAGCGACUUCGAUAACCAGCUCUUCGGUCAUCUUGCAGCAGAUCAGAAGCCAAUGGCGCUCUCGUGCGGCCAUGUCGUGCCUCGCCAGAACAUCUCUGUCUCGGUCAUUCGCAGCGGACCGACGAAGCAAGACUUUCGCUUCACAUACGAGAACCGGGACAACUUAGCAAUGCUGCAAGAUCUUGGCAGCGCGAUCGCGACCCUUGCGCGUGUCUGUCCUGCAGGCAUUGUCUGCUUCGUCCCUUCGUAUGCUUUUCUUGACAAGCUACAGGCUGUUUGGAAAUCGUCGGGCAUGAUCGAGAGGAUACGGAAGAACAAGCUAAUCUUCAUGGAGCCCAAGACCGCAGGCGAAGUCGACGCAGUACUCAAAGGUUACUCGACAGCCAACAGCUCAGGCAACAAGGGCGCCAUCCUGUUUGCAGUCGUUGGCGCCAAGCUAUCAGAAGGCAUCAACUUUGCAGAUGACAUGGCGCGAGCAGUCAUCAUUGUCGGCAUCCCUUACCCCAACGCUGCUUCAACUGAACUCAAAGAGCGUAUGCAUCAUCUCAGCGCAGAGUCUAAGAAGCGCAAAGAGAUAACAGACGGGGGCGAUCAACUCUAUUCAAAUCUUGCCUUUCGCGCAGUCAAUCAGUCCAUCGGACGAGCGAUCCGGCACGCAAAUGACUGGGCGUCCAUUUUGCUCAUCGACACUCGGUAUGCAACGCCCGCGCUACAAGCAAAACUGCCACAAUGGAUCGCUAGCGAAGUGCAAGUGCCAGAAAGCUUCGGCCUCGUGUUGCAGAAGACGGCGCGCUUUCGAUCGAGCCAUGUCGUUACAUGA